AUGAAAUUCAUUAUUAUUAUUGGUACUAUAUUUUUGCAAAUAUCUUCAAUUUUUGCCGUAACUGCAAAUGAAAAAUUAAAAAGUUGUUGUAGUCAAUUAAAAAAUGCUGAUAAAGAAUGUGUUGAAAGAUUUUGUGAUUUUAGUGCUAUUUCACAAGCUAAUAUUCUUAAUUACCUUUCAACAUGUACUGAAAGAGGACCAACUGUAGGACAAAUGUGGGAUUGUGCUUCAACACGUAAAGAUCAUACUAAAUGUUGUGCAUCUAAAGGUGUCUCUGGAAAAUGUCUUGAGUAUUGUUCAGCUCAUGAUGGUGUCCCAACAAAUUACAUGGAUUAUCUUUUCUGUGUUGAGUCAUUCAAUGAAAUUCGUGAAUGUUUUGUUGAACACUUAGAAAAAAGUGACCCAUGGAAUCCUGUACCAAAAAAAAAUGGUAAAAACUAA